GCUGAUUUCCGGUGUCUUUAAAUUCGCUGCCAUCAGUCUGAUGUUUUUCAAGUGGAAAAGAUCAACCCAAACGAUGGGUAGACCCCCAGUUUUACGAUAGCGUGUUAUCGUAAUAGACAGAUUGUUAUGGUUUGAAGGUUGACCUUAUUGCGCAUCUGAUCCUUUUUAAGGGACGUGUUUUCUUUACCAUGCCCUGUGUCAGGAUGGAUUAGCACCGUGCUCUGUGAUCCACUGAUGGUCAACAUUGACGUUAGCUGUUUGGUUAGCGAGCUUAUCGUAGUUAAAGUUAGCUGUUCCUUCAGCUUUUGCUAGCUUGCUAAUCAUCACCAGAGCGUGAAUUUUGCUGUCAGGUAAGCGUGCUUUUACAGUUUGUUGUUAAGAGCUAGUACUUAUAGGUUUUCACUGACCGUGUUAUGCUAACGUUCGGUUGAAAUAGCUUAACUGCUAACGUUAUCUAACGUUAAUGUUAACUUGCAUGCAUCUAAACAGCCGUAGAACUUCUGUCAACAAUUUCAAGCAAAUGGGUUCUAGCUAACAAGCAAUAACGUUAGCCCACCGCCUGAUUACUUGUUUAAAAAUUGAAAAGGUUUGAUUUACUAAUUGUUCAUCUGGCGACAAUAAACGUAAUGGUAAACAUUUCUUGCCACUGAAUAAUUAAGUUAGCCUUAUCUGACGAGCAUUUUGCUGGAUAUCAUUCCUACAGAUUUGUGUGUGUGUCUAUCUGGCCUUAAAAUCUCAUUCGUCAGCUGUUGCACCUCAGUGUCAGUAUAUGAUCAAAGUUGUGUGCGUUUGCCUGAUAUACUGGCUGGUGUGUUGAGGUAGUAGCCUUGAAUUGGUGCCAGGCAGUGGGUAGGAGAGAAGGGUUGGGGGGUAAAGAGCACUGAAGCGCACACAGGCUCUUUGUGCCAAGGGUUUGCCCCCCUUCACCACCGACGCAUCACCACAUCCUGUCUGCUUUCCACCUCUGCCCACAGCCAUGACAACUCAAAGAGACCCCGACACGGUGAACCUCCGGCUCAUCCUGGUCAGCGGGAAAACACAGGACUUCACCUUCUCCCCCAACGACUCCGCCACAGACAUCGCCCGUCAUGUCUUUGAGAACUGGCCUGCAGGUUGGGAGGAGGAGCAGGUGAGCAGCCCCAACAUCCUGCGCCUCAUCUUCCAGGGACGCUUCCUGCACGGGAACGUCACGCUUGGAGCUCUCAAGCUGCCCCCUGGCAGAACCACUGUCAUGCACUUGGUUGCCAGAGAGACCCUACCGGAGCCCAACUCCCAUGGCCAGAGGAACAGGGAGAAGACUACAGAGAGCAGCUGCUGUCUAUUGUUGUGAAAAAAAAGCAGAAAACUAAAGAAAUGAUACAAAAAGGACCCAACUAUAACCACAUCCAUACUCCCUUCCCUAUCCAUGUCCGCCUUCACCCCACGUAGGUCUGUCAGUCUGUUCACCAUAGUGUGUUUUUGAGGUGAUUUUUGCCUGAGAACUUUCAGUGGAAUGGACUGGAUCCUUGCGUAUUUCUUACACACCUUUUUUUUUUGUUGUUCUUUUUGUGCCAAGUAUUAAUAUCCGAUAUUUUGUGGCGUUGCCAAAAUUUGCAUUGGGAUUUUACUCUGAACUGUGUGGAGGAAGAGAAGAAAGAAAACUGCACAGAAUGCUGCCAACAGAAGCCCCCAGCGUGACGAGGUGCUGGGGGUGAGGAGGAGAUGACCAGGCAGGAGCUGCUCUGCGUAGACAGGAAGUCUGCCAUGCAAACGUUCCCUGCUCAAGGACAAGCGUGCCUCCCCCCCCCCCCCCCCCCAUAUAGAGGAAUUUCUCUCUUUCUCUGUUGUGAUGGCCCACACACUUAGGGACUGCAAAUCGUGCUUCGAGCGGUCGUAAAAGAAGCACGUGUUUGUGUGCGUGUGUGUGAGUGCGUGUGUGUGGUCUGUAGUGAGAGACCUUGGACUGCACUUAUCUUGGAACUUCAUCUGAACUUAUUCUGUGUGUUUCUCAUGGUCUUAAUCUCACAACAUAACCCCCUCCCCCCCUUUCACACCCAGUGUGUCGUUCUAGACUUGCCUGUUAGAAAGUGCCAUGUGUCACAGCACCCCCUCCAAAUAGGACUCUGCCUUUAGGUGUAACUUAGAACCUUCUGAAGGACACUUGUUUGCGGUGAAGAUUAUCCAAUGCCUGAUCUGUGGUGGGUUUGUCUCUGGAUCCAGACCAAGUGCAGAAGAAAGGGGUUCCGAGGGUCUUGUUUCAAAGAAAUGAUAAGUAAAUGAACUAAGUGAAGCAAGAGGUGGUGUUGGUGUAUACGACAGUGUCGACAGAUGCAUGGCCAGGUCGUGUAAGUGUUUUAUCACUUUGGUGUGUGUGUGUGUGUGUGUGUGUGUCUGUGUGUAUGUGCGCGUGCGUGGGUGUGGUUGUAUGCAAUUUUUGGCCUUGAACCCCAGGAUAUCCUUUUGUGAAGUGCAGUGCAGAUGUGUGGUUGCAUGAAUCAACUGCCGGGAUGACCGCGGUGCAAAACAAAACAAACAAACAAAAAAAAAAGAGACAAAAAAAAAAGAAGAGGCCUCAUCCGCCCUUCGACUCGGCGAUGCCAUUUUGUCUGAUGCUUGCCUACGACUCGUGCGCCCAGACGAGACGUCUGUCUGCUGGCAGAGGCCCCUUGGGGCGGUGGCAGCCUUACGAGGAGUCAGACGGGCACGGGCGCCUCAUUAGGAGACGCUGGGGUGGCGCGGAGAGCGCCGGAGGGGACGAGGGGGGUGGGGUGGGGUGGAGGGGUGGGGGUGAUCAGGCUUUGUGUACCCACUGUCUUUUUCUUUCCCCUUUUUUGGUUGAAAAGGGUUAGCCCCACUUAACAUCCUCUCAACCCCAAUGUGCCAAGGGGAUACGGGAGCUCUGGAGGGUUGGAUUUCACUUUAUUAUUUUUAUUAUUAUUAUUAUUAUUAUUAUCCUUUUUUGUGAUUGUUGAAAUAAAUAUUAAUGAUUGAAGGUCUUUAAAAAGGAAAUCUUUUAAUACAUAUUGGUAUUGCAUUGUAUGGCUACACUUUAAAAAAAAAAAAAUGGCUUACUGUUGUUGAUUUGAAUGAGAUCAUGGUCCCAAGGGAUAUAUGUAUGUGUGUGUGUGUGUGUGUGUGCGAGGGAGCGAGCGAGCGUGUGUCUGUGUGAGGGCGUGUGUCUGAAUGUUUUGGUAGGAAUGGUGCAGAUGAAGCAGGAGAGCGAAUCAGUCAUGGGUGACUGUGGUUUCCUUGGAAACAGCUUGAGUUCCUCCUCUGAGCGACCCUUCCUCAGUGAUCGUCUCUUAACCUCAGUCACCUCUCUGGCAUUUAGCUUCAAAUGAUUCAAACUAAAGUUCUGCUUAAAGCUUGUAUUAUAAAUUAAUAAAACAUCUUUCCAGAUAAGGA